CCCUAGUUGCAUCCACUUUAAGUGGAGAAGCGCACGUGCUCUGCUGGCCAAACCAUCAGGGUCACCCAAAAAAGUUAGAUGCUUCCUGAAACUUGAAGCUUCACACUUCUCCAAGCUAUGGAGGACAACAAAGGCACGGUGUGCGUGACAGGCGGUACUGGCUUCAUAGCUUCAUGGCUCAUCAUGAGGCUCCUUGAACAUGGUUACUCCGUCCGGACCACCAUCAGACCUGACCCGGAUGGCAGAAGAGACAUCAGCUUCUUGAAAAAUCUCCCAGGAGCAUCAGAAAGGCUUCAAAUCCUCACUGCCGAUCUCAGCGACCCCGAGAGUUUCAGCCCAGCCAUUGAUGGCUGUGUUGGAGUCUUCCACGUCGCCACCCCAGUGGACUUCGAGAACAGAGAGCCAGAGCCAGUGGUCACCAAAAGAUCCAUCGAUGGAGCGUUAGGCAUCCUGAGGACCUGCCUGAACUCCAAGACAGUGAAGCGGGUUGUGUACACGUCGAGUGCGGCUGCAGCUCAACUCAACAACUCCGGGGCCGAUAUAUUGGAUGAGGACACCUGGAGCGAUGUCGAGUCCAUCCGACAAAUGACGAAGUUUGGAGCUUCGUAUGGGAUCUCGAAGACGUUGACUGAGAAGGCGGUUCUCGAGUUUGGCGAGCAGCAUGGACUGGAAGUGGUGACCGUGGUUCCCACAUUUGUCCACGGGCCCUUCAUAUGCCCCAAGUUUGCCGGAUCCGUCCGAACUUCGCUGGCUUUGAUAUUAGGUAAUGUGAUAAACGAAAAUAUAUCACAUGAUCAACAUAAAUCAUGGGACGAGAAUGAAUACCCUAUUCUUCUCGAAGUAUCUUUCGUGCAUGUAGAUGACCUGGCGAGAGCACACAUCUUCCUCUUCGAGCACUCUGAUGCCAAGGGGCGGUACAUAUGUUCCUCGGCCACAAUGACCAUCGAGGAGAUGUCCAAGUUUCUCUCCGAAAGAUACCCGGAAUUUCAGAUACCCUCACCAGAAUCCUUGAAGGAAGUGAAAGGCCCCAGGUUCACCCGCCUAUCGUCAAGGAAGCUGCUGGACGCAGGUUUCGAGUAUAAGUAUGGGAUUGAGGACAUGUUUGACGGAGCCAUCCAAUGCUGCAAAGAAAAGGGGUAUCUCUAGAUCUGCCAAAGCCGUUCCAUGCAUAUAACAGAAUACGGUAAAUCAGGCCAAACGUAGUGAUGUUUGGAGUACUAAAAAGCUGGCAUGACACCGUAUAAUGGUGUGACCUAUUUCUUUUCUGACCUGAGCUGAAUAUAGUCCUCUAAACAAAAUGCAGAAAGAAUAGUGAAAUAUGUCGAGAAAAUGCGUACUGUACAUCUAGCACAGCUUGUGAAAACUGAUUUCUCCAAGGGCCAUGUACGAGAUAUCAAACCGCAUACAAUAUUUUGGCACUGUAUAUUUCUGUUCUUGUGUAUUUGAUAUUGCAGUACUGCGAGCAGAAGCACUUAUGGCA